AUGGCUAUUCAACACGAUGAUGUGAGCAUGAUUAAGUCAGCGGCCUUGGACCCAUCCGGGCCGCCACCUCUCUCCGCGGCUUUCCUGAUCAAGUUCGAUCUAAAGAUUGGCUAUACCAUUACUUGGAAACGGAGCGCGCCUGGUGUACCGCUUGAUGGCUCGGUCGAGUUCAAAUCGCUUCCUUCUGGCCUGCACGGAGUGAAAGAGGAUCUGGUAUACUUUGUUGAAGACCAGUAUGCCGGGCUUAGCGCUUUUGUGAAUGCGCCGGCAGGGGAGGAAGAGCGAAAUGCAGCACUGGUUGCAGUCGGGAUCCUUAUUCCGUUGAGUAACGGCAAUGCUAGACUUGGCAGAGGCUGGUUGCAUGCUCAGCGACUCCGCGACAUGGCUCGCAUCUUGGCGCACGAUUGUUUACGAACAGACAUUCUCGAACAAUUUUGGGAGGAACACAAGGCGUAUGUCGAGGACGAAGCACAUGUUACAGAGAUAUCUAAUGGGAGUCUUGGAAACACUUCGCCAAAACAGCAUAGCCGAAGACGAGCGUUAUCGAACCUGAUCAACGUCAUUACUGACGACAAGACACUUCCUUUAUUUCACCCUGCUUUGUCUAUGAUGGAAUUUGUGGACACUUUUGGGCCCCUCAUAUUUCCUCUGUGGAGAGUAGCAUUGCUAAGGAAACGGAUAGUGCUCAUGACGGCUCCACCUGUAAAGCGAGCAUGCGAGUUUGUCUUUGAUAUAUCUAUACUUUCCAACAUGCCUUCGUCUCUCUCAGAAUUACUCUCGCAAGAUACAGAAAGACUGCAGAGGAUACGACCUCUUUUUCAGAUUGGCAUUCAUGACAUACCGUUACUAGAGAGAGAGGCUACAGCGAUAAGGGAAGCCAUGAGAGAGCGGCCAGCAGAUGAAGGUGACCACACCUACGGACCGUUUGGAUUCCUCGCAUGCACAACCGACGAAAUACUUGCGCUGAAGAAAGAGCUGUACGAUAUUAUGGUUGAGUUGCCUCCGGUUUCCGAACACGUACCAGAACAAAGAGGGUGGCCGAUAAUCAGGACAGCUGAUGGCUCUGUUAUCAAGGCUACGCAACGAGAUCUUCGUCGGUGGAACUUACUUCACAGUGAAUUUACCAAGAUCCGCGAUUCAGUAACGACAUAUGAAGAUGGCGACGAUGAUGAAAAUGAUAGCGAAGACCCCGAAGACGAUUACUCACGCUCAAUUCUUCAGUCUGCCACAUCAAGAGAAUCAUCAAUGGACGACCCUGGCUAUGAUGAAAAUCUGAUCGAACCUAUGACCUGGAGUCAGUUAGCCUACUCCGGUUUCAUGUGGUGGGCAUCAGCUGGUGAACACGAUACUGCUUUAGCCGAAGAAGACGAGAAAGAAAGGCACAUUAUAGGACAUCUCGUGGACCAUGUACCAAUGAAGCCUGGAAUCACUCGUGCCAAUAGCAAUGGCAAAUCGAGGAGCAUUUCUUCCAGUCAUGCAGGUAUACAUGCUGAGGAUGCUGGCCUUCAUACUGGGAUCAUCGCGUACUUCCAUCGUCUUACAGGUCAGUUGGUAUCAACACUUGUGGACAUCAUUGAGGACGCAGAUGAGAACACAACGGGUGAGAGUGAAGUGGACGAUAAAGAGGUAAUUCACAUUGGUACAGACGACAUUGGACGCAUGGGAUUGGAUGUUUGGAGUACCAAUAGUGUGGAAUUCGUGUCGGACGUUGCCAGAAUGUACUUCGGACGCGAGGUUGUUGUGCAUGGCGGCAGCGUCGAAUGCUGUGGUUUGAGGGUCUGCUAA